CCCGGAUGUUCAGGUUGACAAUAAUGGCGUCAAGGGAAGCGUAUUAUUUUUGACCAAACUUUUACCUUUAACCGACACUGGAAACAAUUUAGAGAGAUCAAGUUGACUUUACAAGCUAUAAAAAUCAACUUUAAUUUGUUAUGAAUGUGUUUUAACGGUGCAAAACACUUGGAAAUAAGUUCAUACCUGUGGAUUUUACAGGUGUCUUCUUCUAAUGAUUAGUUUGGCAGCACAGAGAUAGGAAAUCAUGUUUAAGAAAGGAAAAAGGAGACCAGAAAUAUCUAAGCCCAGUAACUUUGAACAUCGUGUCCAUACUGGAUUCGAUAGGGACCAGGGGAAGUAUGUGGGACUCCCUCCACAAUGGACAGGGAUUAUUAUUCCAGAGGAGAACGAUCGGAGGAAACCAAUUGUUGAUGCCUCUAGGAUCACACAUACUGAAAUUCAGCCAUUAAAGACAAUCAUUGGUGAACAAAGACAUAUGAAUGGAUAUAAUCCUGAUGUUAGGUCAGUAACUGUUGCACGUUCAAAUUCAUUACGCAGAGCAAGUCCUCCACAACAAAGACGUUAUGUUCAAGAAUAUCCUCCUCUCCAGGAGGAUGAGCCAUCUCCUCAUGAUAGGUCAUAUCAAAGUAGAGGUGGUCCCCCUCAGUAUGACCGAGACCAGGAGCGAUUUAGGGGAGAUCCACGGCAAGAGCCUAGAGAUUAUAACCGUUAUCCAACAAAUGACCCUCGAAGGGAAAUGAGAGAUCCUCGUGAUAGACAGGAUCCAAGGGACAUUCACAGAGAUCCAAGGGAUCAUCGAGACCAUAGGGACCCUCGUGAUUAUAGGGAGUAUCCUCCCGAUCAAAGAGACGGACCUCCUUUCCGUGAUGGGACAUUGGACCGAAGAUCUGAGGACCUUAACAGGAGUCAUAAUAGUUCAUUUGAUAAUAGAGACAUCCACCAUCCAAAACACAAUCAACCUCAUUUUGAUGGACGAGGUCCACAGUUUCCAUAUGAUGAUUAUAAACAAAACAAUCAGAUGCCUAUGAAUGGAAAUUCUAUGCAUCCUCCCGAAAGAUCACCUCGUCAUCACGGAGGACCAGAUUCACCGCCUCAUGGACCUCCUAAAAAUGGAGCAGGAUUACAGUAUGAUCGGGGUGGAGCCAAACCUUCCAACUUGCAAGUUUCACAGAAUAAUUAUUCUCCGACACCAAAAAUGCAGCCACCACCGAAAUCCCCCAACAAUACUGCACCGCCGCCUGGGUCCAUACAGGAGCAGCAGAGGCUUUCACAUGAGCAGUUCCGAGCAGCAUUACAAAUGGUGGUUAGUCCAGGCGAUCCAAGAGAUAACUUGGAAAACUUCAUAAAAAUAGGAGAGGGAUCAACAGGCAUUGUGUGUAUAUGUACAUCUAAAACAACGGGUCAAAAUGUCGCAGUGAAAAAGAUGGAUCUGCGGAAACAACAGAGGAGAGAGUUGUUAUUUAAUGAGGUUGUUAUCAUGAGGGAUUAUCACCAUCCAAAUAUUGUAGAUAUGUACGACAGUUUCCUGGUUGGCGAUGAAUUAUGGGUAGUAAUGGAGUUCCUUGAAGGAGGAGCUCUAACUGAUAUUGUAGUCACACAGAACAGGAUGGAUGAACACCAGAUUGCCACUGUGUGUAAAGCCUGUCUGAAAGCCUUAGAUUUCCUACAUAGAAAUGGUGUUAUACAUAGAGAUAUUAAAUCAGAUUCAAUAUUACUGGCUCAUGAUGGAAGGGUUAAAUUAUCUGAUUUUGGUUUUUGUGCACAAGUCACGCCAGAACUACGCCAAAGAAAGUCAUUGGUAGGAACACCUUAUUGGAUGGCUCCAGAGGUCAUUUCAAGGUUACCGUAUGGUCCUGAGGUGGAUAUCUGGUCAUUGGGUAUAAUGGUGAUAGAAAUGAUAGAUGGUGAACCACCAUUUUUCAACGAGCCACCACUUCAAGCUAUGCGUAGAAUAAGAGAUAUGCCUCCACCAAAACUUAAGAAUGGAAAUCGGGUUUCACCAAGAUUACAAGGUUUCUUAGAAAAAAUGUUGGUGCGAGAUCCUAUGCAGAGAGCAACAGCAUCCGAGUUAUUAGAGCAUCCAUUCUUAAGAGGAGCAGAAAAACCGUCUUGCCUUGUGCCACUAAUGAGAAGUUUCAGACAUAGUCCAUGCUGAGGGGAAAAAAUAUAUAAAUGAUAUUUAAGUGCUAGUUAUACACGGAUUGUGAAAGCAUGGCAUUCCACAGUAAUCUGGAUCAUAUAUAUCUGGAUUGUUAUUUCGUUGUUGAACAGACCAUUGAAUACGGACAGGCAUAUAGCACAUAUAAGGAAAGAAAAAUUGGCAAUGAAUGAUGGAACAUAACAGACAUGCAGCAUGGAAGAACAGUGUUUACAGCAAAAUUCUUAUAUCAAAAACUUCACACUUAAAAGAUUUGAUAUGAGCUGGUAUUUGUGAUUUUGUAAGAAUGUUUGACUCGCACACAAAGGUUGUAUGGAUUGUUAAGUUUUAAACUAGAUUUGAUGCUUAUCAUUUUAAAACAUUUUCUUCAAGUUUAGAGAAUUUAUAAGAAAUUAUCAAAGUGUUGUGCAUACUGUGUGAAAGGAUGGGCAUGUGAUUGUUUACAUUCAUGAGAGUCAUGAGUUUGUCCCUAGAUAGUGUUUAUUUAUCAUUGCCGUUAGGUUGUUUUGUUUGUUUAGUUAAUUGCCGUGUAAUAAAUCAUGUAUUAUUAAUAGUCAAAAUAUCAUGAAUAAUAUAAAAGUAAUAAGCCAGUUAUGUAUAUUUUUUUGUUUUUGUUUUUUGCUAUAAAUGUGAAUUAUAGUCCAUCUUAACAUUAUAUACAUGUACCAUAUAUUGCAUUUGCUGUAAGCUGAAUGUGUUAAGUAUCCAUUCUUCAUAGACAACUGAGAACUGAGACUGAUUCACAUUCCAUACAUUACCAUGAUAUAAUUCACUGUUUCAGAAUCUAAUGCAUUCUGGGUAAAAUUUUCAAAAUCCUUCACCAAAACAUUUUGAUUGGUUCAAAAUGUUCUAAACAAAAGAAAUUCAACCAACGACUUAACAUUAUUUUCAUUUUGGUGUAUAAACAAUGAGAUUACCCAUAGUCCUUUAGAUUCUGAAAAGGCGAAUUGACCCUUUUUUAACUUUUUUUUGAAGAAUAGAAUAUUAUUGAAAUUAGUAUAAUUAUUGUUAGACCACCAAGAAACAAUGUAUGGAGAUACCUUAUAUUUACAAUUUUAGAGGGUACCCCCCAAUGUCACCAUCGGACAUUAUAUAUUGAACAGGUUGUUGUUUGUAUAUUUCCAUACAUACAUUUUUAUACUGUCAUGGGCAUUGCUAUAACUCGAAAUAAUGAUCUGUGUUUUCAAUACAUGCAAUCUUUACUGGAAAUGAAUGAUAAUUAGGGGUUCAGUAAAGGGAAUCUUUACUAGAAAUGAAUGCUUAUUAGGGUUUCAGUAAAGGGAAUCUGUACUUACAUUUACCAUUGCUUUUAUCAUGUUAUUAGCCGUAAAGGUAUAUAUUGUUAACUUUUAUAUGAUAUUAUAUAUAUACAGACUUUAUAUAAUGUACAUAUCAAACCCUAUAUAUAUGUUAUAUAGGAAUGCAUGGUUGUUCUCAUAUUUAUAAAUUUUAAAUUAUAUUUUUCAUCAAAUAAAUGGUUGUUUUUUUAAGAGUUUGAAUUUAUAACUUUUAUAUUUUAACGAUAAUUUCUGUGAUUAUUUGUAAAUAAAUAGAAACUAAUAGUUUAGUGAGAGCUUGUAGAACAAAUAUUAUUUUGAAAUACUAACUUUUCUUUUUUUCUUUGUAGUAUACGUUAAGCCUAACUAUGGUUGCAUUUAUUUAUUAUUUAUAAGAGUAAAACUUUUGAUUUAUUAAGAAUAUGUUUUCCUCAAAUGUAAAUGAAGUACCAGUUUCUCAAGCUUUCAAGAAUUUUUCUAAGCAUUGUACCAAGUUUGGUGAUGGGUGAUUUGGUCUCUGUUUUGGCAACAAGAUUUUUUAUUAUUAUACUGUCAAACACAGAAACAGGUCAUUAAAUCUCAUUUAUCACUUUGUUUAAGUAAGUUGAAGAUUUUUUCUUUUCCUGCCAUACUUUGUACCGCAAAUAAGAUUUUUUCUUAUGCAGUUAGUUAUUUGUAGCCAUAAGAACAAAUAGCAUGGAUUGAAUUUGAAAGGGGAGGUCAUUCAUUGUAGUUCAACAAAAUCAUCAAUUUCUGAUCUUAUUUCCCACAAGUCGAAUUCCACAGCAAGUUUUUUUUUUUUUUUUUUUAAGUUUCCCUAUUGAAAUCUAGUGUAAUAAACAUAUAUUUUGAUAAAACAUGAAUUAUCGUUUAUAAGAAUGCCUGAAGAAAUGAAAUUUUAUCUAAUUAAAUAAUAUCAAAACAUUGUGAAUUCAUUUAAGCAAAUGUUGUUUUUUUUAUUUUAAGAAUUAUUGACAGUAUUUUAAACAUUCGAUAUAAACAUUGAUGCAGCCAGUUGUAAAAUACAUAUAUUGUAUAAUUUCAUCUGUAAUAAAAAAUAUGAAUGUGGCAUAAUUUUCUAGCGUGAUGCUCAAUUCAUUCCUUCAAAUUAUCAAACAGUGGCACUAACAUUCAUGUAUCAAGAAAUAAGUUUUAAAUGAUAUAUAUAUUGGCUGUAGGACAUGUUUGUGUAUGCGUGUGUGUGUGUGUAAACUUUUUGGUGCAAACUUUAGCAUGACACGAUAAUUUUAUACACAAGAUGACAAAUUAGUUGGCAUUGCAUUUAUCUGUGGUGUGCCAUAUCAUUUCAUAUCAAGAUUUCAGUAUUAAAAAUCGUCAUUUGUAGUACAAGACAUCCAUGCCCUUAGCAACGAUAUGUUUUGUUUAAACAUUUUGUCCUUUUGAACAAUAAACUUUGAUAACACUUAAAAGGCAUGUUGUCUGUCUUGGGGCAGAAUUGUUCUUGUUAAAGCCAUAUCAUUCGACUAUCUAGAUAGGACUAGGGGUUUACAGGCUUAUUUUUGGUAUUUUGAAAACAAAUUUGAAGAAAAAGGUGGUAUUCUAAUUUUUCAACCCAUGAAAAUGUAAAACUUAAAGGUGAUAGAUUUAAAGAAAAAGUUCUAAAGUAGUGCAACACAUAGUCAUGUUACCUGAAAACUCUAGUUUGAUUUCUUUUGUUACUUUGUCAAUGCUUUUUAAAGGGACAUACCAGAUAUAUUAUAUUUGUUUUGACUAACUUGUAUGUAAAAAAGAUAAGAGAUAAUGAAUGAAAAGGCAAAGUUUGGUCUAUCUUAUUUCAAUUGAAGGUCAAUGCUUGGCAUGCCUCCAUUUGCUUAUGAAAACUGAUUUUUUAAGAUUGUCAGAUGAAUAUUAAAAUGGUGUUUACAUGCUUUUUACAAAGCUUAAACUUGUAUAUUCUGUUUUACAAAAUUCAUAAUUCUGUAACAUUGCCGGUACUUAGAAAUACUUGUCUCUCCAUCAAAAUAUGUGUUUAAAAAUCAUUAAAUCUGUUAUUCAUAAUGUAGUGCCAAGUGAUGCCUAGUUUUGCACACAAGAAUAUCAAUUUACAUUCUCACAGAAUUAAAAAGUCAUUUUAUUUCAUAGAAACUAAGUCAGUUAGAAUAAAAACUUCAACCAGAAAGUUGAAAAAAUUAAAUUGUCAUAAAACACGUCUAUUUGUACAGGAUUUUUUUCAAGAAACUUGUGGCUCUUUUCCCGAACAAUCAAAGUAUAAAAAUACUUGUAAGGCAUUAUAGCAUGUAUGUAUGACUUACAGUGUAUUUUAAUUGUGAUAUUAUCAGUGAAAAGAAUCGCAGGUACGGUUCCACAUCCCUAGUUUAUUUGUUUCAUAUUUUCACAAUUUUUAUAUAGAAACAUGUGAAUUUUGGGAUUGAAUUUUUGCAGAUCAAUUAAAGGUGAAAAUUAGAUACCUGUAUGCCUCAAUUAUUUACCAGCUAACCUGAAGUGAUAGAACAUUUUUCACAUUCCAUAGACAAAUAGUUUUAAAUAUUGGUUUUCUAAACAAUAGCAUACAUUCAUCAAUGGUAGUUUUGAUAUCAAAUCAGUUUAAUCAUAAAAUAAACUGAAUAAUGAUUAAAAAUGUCUAUUUUACCACAUCAAAGAUGUGCCACAUACUUUUGAUAGUUGGACCACUUUUCUUCAGGCUUUUUUGAGAAGCCAGGUAGUUGCCAAAAAGGUUAUAAAUUAUCCAAAAUAAAUAACCUUUCAAAAUGUGUAUUUUUCAUCCUGGAAAUUCAGAUGCUUAGAAGGUUGCUUUGGGCACUAGAACAUGAAACAUUUCUUUUAUGUAUAAACUGGAUUGUGAAAACAAAUUAUUUUAUUAACACAACAUAUCAUUUUAUACACUUAAGAUUAUGAAUAUUUUAGAUAUUAUUACACUUGAUAACAUAAGAAACUUUAGUUUUUUCUUUUCAUGGAAAAAUGUUAAUUAAUAUAAAUUUUAUAAAAAAAUAUUGUGAUAUCAGGAAACUUAUGUAAGGCAUUAAUUUUACAACAGGAAAAGACGUGUUUUUUAUACCCAAAAUAUGAAAUUACAUUGAAUAAUCUAGAAAUUUUCAAUUUAAGGUGACACAGUAUACUACUACUAGGAAAAUUUAUACAUUCUGGAUGAAUAAGUUAAUAUUAACAUACAGUAGUCUCUUUAUGACUUGUACAUUUUUGUAAAUUCUUUUUAUAAUGCUGUAAAUAUAUUGCUACUAAAACUUUACAGAUUGGUAAAGGAAAUAAAAUAAAAUAUAUCUUUUACAU